CGCGUAAAUAUAUGUACAUCGUGUGCAGAUAAGCAGGCUUUGCUACCCACUCGAAAUUGGAAUUUGUGUGUCGUUAAUUUCUGCGUUUGCUCUCUGGUGCAUGGGGCUCAUACUGUAGCAGAACAGAUGGGUGAGGCAUUGAAGAAUACGUGAUCUCCAAGAUCGCGUCUGUAGAUCCGAAUGGGACACAGCCACGCACAUCGUUCUGAAAGAUUCAACAAUGCAAACGGGUGCAGUGUUUGUAUUUCCCUCAAUGAAAGGGUGUACCCUUCAUCAGCACGUUCCAUCAGUCAACGUUGGCCCCUUGGUCAGUCACAGAUGGCCCAACCUGCCAAAACCACGGCAUACGGAGACUCUAAGGGGUCUCAAAGCCAUGACAAAGCUGCGCGCCUCUGCAUCCGAGACCCUCACUACCGUCAGAGAUGGGGGAUCCAGCUCAGCAAGAGCAAGAGUGAGCAAAGUCAUGCAGCAGAAUUCGGCAUGGCUGCAGCAGCAGGAGCCCUUUUGCCGCCUGCCGGCCUCCGCAUGCAUGGCGCUGGCAGAUGCUAUCCAGGUUGAGCUGGUGCUUGAAGGGGAGAAGCUCCUGCGCACAGACCAGCGCAUCACAGACCUCAUCCUGCUCAGGGAUGGGCGCCUGCAAGGCAGUGUACAGCAGUCAUCAGACACAGGGCCUGGGCAGGUGGUGGGCCUGCGCGAGCUGCUGCUGGGGCAGAGGAUUGGGGAGGAUGUGGGGCCGGCAGGAGGGCAGGCCACAAUCUGGCGCAUCCCCGAGAAGGCCUUCCGCGCGAUCGCCCGGCAGCACCCGGACCUCAGCCUCCUGCUCUUCCAGGCCGCGUUUGGCGCCACCGGCGCGCUGACUCAGGCGCUGCAGGCGCGUGGAGAUGAUGCGACAAAGUGGCAGAGCCUGCGGCCGUUCCUGGUGGCCAGCCCUAAGCGCGGCAUCGUCGGAAACUCAAAAUACGCCGCCCGCCUCAGAAAGGACAUCCUAGAUGCCGCUCGCGACCCCGCCAGGGGUGCGGUGUUUAUUUUCGGGGAGCCGGGCCUGGAGAAGGACGAGGCGGCGGCGCUGGUGCAUUUUGGCUCGCGCGACCGGCGGGAGCCGAUGGCGCGCGUGGACUGCGAGCGCGCCGGGGACGGCCUGGCCGCAGAUCUGUUCGGCGCCGGCAGCCGCCCCGGCCUGCUGGAAUGGCUCGGCGCAGGCACCCUCCUGCUCAACAACGUGCACCGGGUGCCACCGCUGCGCGUGCGGCCGGGGGACAUAGCCGAUCUGGCGCGCUAUUUUGUGCGGCAGGCCGCGCGCAGGAAGGGGCUGCCGCAGGCCAACCUCACCCAGGAAGCCAUCCGCCACCUGGAGUCCUACACAUUCCCCAAUAACAUCAAGGAGCUGGAGUCAAUCUUGGACAGGGCUGCCAGCCAGCUGACAGGGGACAAGGCGUUGCAGGUCCCCGAGGACGUCUUCUGGUUUGCCACACAGGCACAGGACAGGUUCAGGUGGAACCUGCUGAGGCCGCUGCCGCUGCUGCAGCGCCUGUUCAGGAGCAAGCUGUGGCCGGAGGAGAUCAACUUCAAGUUCACGGCUUUUGUCUACCCUGCUUUUGUGGCACUGCUGCUCUUUGGGCCGCAGGACCGCGCGCACAACUUUGGCCUCAACCUGUUCUGGUGCUACUGGUGGCCGCUCAUCUUCAUUGUCUACCCCUUCCUGGGCCGCAUCUGGUGCGCAGUGUGCCCCUUCAUGAUCUAUGGGGAGAUUGUGCAGCGCUGGCGGCUGGCACAGGGAGUGGUCCUGCGCAAGUGGCCCCACAAGUCAAUGGAUAGGUGGGGACCGUGGUUUCUGUGGGCGCUGUUCGCAGCAAUUCUGGUGUGGGAGGAGGUGUGGGACCUGCCUCAGACGGCGUACCUCUCCGGCUGGCUCCUCAUAAUAAUCACAGCCGGCGCGAUGGUGUGUUCCUGGUUCUUCGAGCGGCGGCUUUGGUGCCGCCACCUGUGCCCCAUCGGCGGAAUGAACGGCAUGUUCGCCAAGCUGUCAAUGACCGAGCUGCGCGCGCAGCCGGGCGUCUGCUCUGGCAACUGUUCCACGUACCACUGCUACAAGGGCGGCCCGGAGGAGCCGCCCUUAGGGCAGGAGACGGGCGGCUGCCCGCUGUACUCGCACCCGGCCCAGCUCACAGACAACCGCAACUGCGUCCUCUGUAUGGAGUGCGACAAGGCGUGCCCUCAUGACAACCUGGAGUUUCGGCUGCGUGUACCUGGGGUAGACCUGUGGUCCACCCACAAGCCGAUCGCAGCCGAACUUGCGCUUCUAUUCACCCUCCUGGGCGCAGUGUACGUGCACCACUUGCCGCAGCUGCUGCAACAGCUGGGCCUGGAUCCUGAUUUGGUGCAGGCUCAGACCCCCCACAUCAUAGUAUCCACCCUUGUGCUGCUGGCGCCCGGUUGCAUCGCGCUGGGAGCACAUGGCCUUGCUGAGCUGGCAGAUGCCGUGUCAGCAAUGCUGCCAGGCAAGCCCUUCCUGGAGCUGGCGUAUGGGUACAUGCCACUGGUGUGGGCCGGGACACUCGCCCACUACCUGCUGCCUUUCUUCAGCGAGGCCGGGCGGCUAUUGCCGUGGAUAAUUCCUGAGGGUCCCGUGUGGCCCCGGCUGGCGGGGGGUGUGACAGCCUUCCUGCAGGGCACCUGCUUACUCAGCGGCGCUGCGCUGUCGCUGCUGCUGACGCGCAAAAUCGGCGCACGGCCGUGGGUGCGGCUGGCGCCGCAGUGUUUGGCUGUGCUGGGGUUCACUGCCGAGCUGUGGGCAUUGCUGCUGCCUUGA